AUGGUAGCUUUUGACAAAAAGAACAAGAAAGGACAGAGAAAGUCUUUUGAAAAAAAACAAAAAACUACAAAGCCUGAAAGAAACAACAAAACUGUCAACAAGACCGAGAAAAAAGCUUCUGACUCGCAAAACGAUAUUCUUCGUGAAGCAGUUUUGGCUUUAGGUGGAACAAAGGGCGACAUUAAGUUCCUGGAAAACAUUGAUACUGAGGACAAUGAUGACCUUGUUACUGGCACUACAGAAUCUGAUGAUGCUAUUAAGAAUGAACUGAAGGCCUUUAUGCAAAACAUUGGCUUGACUUCUGACAAAUAUGAAGAGGAUAUUGAUACUGAGGAUGAGGUUGAAGAAGCCGAAGAAGAAGUUGAAUCAGAAGAAAGUGCUGACGAAGAGCAAGAAGAAGAGGAGGAGGAAGAAGAACAAGAAGAAGAACAAGAAGAACAAGAAGAAGAGGAAGAAGAAUACAAAAUUCACCCAACCAAGUCAAACUCAAGCAAGAGUGUGCUUGUUGAACCUACACCCUUCUGGUACAAUGUCGAACUCUCUCCAAUUUCUCUUGAAAAUGUAAAACGUCUCUCUCCCGUUGAGACCUCUGAAAAAUAUGCCUUCGCUAAAGAACUUUUGACCGAAGAAAACACCAAAGCUGAAAAGCAUCCUCUUUUGACAUCAUCCAAUCGUAGCUUCAUGUCAAACAUUAUUACUUCAGGUACAUUGAACGACAAGGUUUCUGCUUUAACUUUGAUGUUUCGUGAAUCACCGCUCCACGGUGUAAAGACCUUGGACACUUUGAUGUCAAUGAGUAGAAAGAAGGGAAGAAACGAAGCUGUUAUGGCUGUCACUAGUUUAAAGGAUUUGUUUAUCGGCUCUGUGUUGCCUGACCGCAAGUUGGUUUAUUUUGCUGAUAGACCACUUGCCUCAAAGGAUGUUACAGACCUUCACUUGUUGUUAUGGAUCUUUGAAGACCAUCUUAAAAAGACUUACCUGGAAUUCCUCAAGUUAAUCGAAGAACUUGCUCGUGAUACUUUGAUGCAUGUUCGUAACAACAUGGUCACUUGUUUAUACGAUCUCUUGGCUAACAAGCCUGAACAAGAACAAAACUUACUCAAAUUGCUUGCCAACAAAUUGGGUGAUUCAGACAACAAAGUCGCAGCCAAGACAUCUCAGCUUUUGAUUGAAUUGUUAGUUAAACAUCCCGGCAUGAAGAUUUUUGUCAUUCGAGAAUUAGAACAACUCUUAUUACAUCCCAGCACAAGCGAGAAAGCACAAUAUUAUGCUAUCAUCACCUUGAAUCAGACCAUCUUGACUUCCAAAGAUACAGUUGUUGCCAACAAGCUCGUCGAGUUAUACUUUAUCUUUUUCCGUAAGCUUCUUAAAAUCUCAGAAGAUGAUGAAAAGGCAGAGUUAAGAAAGAAAAAACAACAUCAAGAAGAAGAGCCCGAAGAGCCCGAGAAAAAAAGCGAAAAGAGAAAGAAGAAGGAAAAGUUGGAACAAAAGAAGGGCCUAGAACUCGAAGACCACCAAGCAAAAAUGAUUGCUGCUAUUCUGACUGGUGUAAAUCGCGCCUUCCAUUUUGCAAACGUUUCUGAUGAGAUGGUGGAGAAGCAUUUAGAAGUUUUGUUUACUAUGACUCAUGCUAGUACUUUUAAUGCUGCUAUUCAAGCUCUUUCUCUCAUUUUCACUAUCUCGCUUUCCAAAUCAUCUGUAUCUGACCGUUUCUAUCGUACCUUGUAUGAAUCUUUGUUGGAUCCUAGAGUCAGCCAUUCUUCUAAGCAAAGUAUGUACUUGAACUUGCUUUAUAAAGCAAUUCGGGCCGACUCAGACACUCAUCGUGUGAAAGCAUUCAUAAAGCGCAUGGUACAGAUUGCUGCACGUAAUCAACCAGCUUUUGUCUCAGGUAUCUUUUUCCUUUUAAGUCAGUUGAUGGAAGCACAACCAGGCUUAAGAGCCAUGUUGACCACACCUGAAGAAGACGAUGAAGAAGAACAUUUCUCCGAUGCACCUGAAGAAGAUGAGGAUGAACAAACAAAGAAAAAAGCAACUGAAGAAAAGCCUACCAAGAUUGAAUAUGAUGGCAGAAAGCGUGAUCCUAGAUUUAGUAAUGCCGAAAAGAGUUGUUUGUGGGAGCUGAUUCCUUUCAAAUCACAUUAUCACCCUUCUAUUGCUAAAUAUGCUGAACAGUUGUUUGAAGGUGAACCUAUCCAAAACCAGACUGAUUUGCAUCAUUUCACAUUAAUGCACUUUUUGGAUCGAUUUGUUUAUCGUAAUGCAAAGAAAACAGUGACAUCAAAGGGUCAAUCCAUCAUGCAGCCUCUUCAUGGCAGCAGACGUGAUGGUGGUAUCACAUUCACAAAAGGCAGCAGUAUGUCUAAUACUGUUCCUCUCAACUCUGAAAAGUUCUUGCAAAAGAAAGAAGACGAUAUUGAAGCAGACGAGGUCUUCUUCCAUAAGUAUUUCCAUCAAAAAGCCUUGAGUACACCAAAAAAAUCCAAAAAAGAAAAGACAGGUGAUGAUGAAGAAGAAGAUGAAGUGUGGCGUGCUAUGAUGUCUUCUAUACCCGGAGGAUUAGACAACGAAGAUGACGACGAAGAAGAUUUGGAAGACGACGAAGACGAUGAGGAAAUGAGAGCCUUAUUGAUGGAUGACAGCGACGAUGAAGUAGAUAAUGAACAAGAGCAAGAGGAGAGUGAAUUCGGAGAAGACAUGGCGGAAUUUGGAUCGGAUGAAGAUGGUGAGCCAAUGGAAGACGAAUUGGAAUUCAUGAAUGCAUCCGAUAUGGAAGAGUUUGAGAACCAAAUGAAGAGACCGGCCGAAGAUGACAAUGAUGAAGGCGAGGAAGAAGAUGAAGGCUUAAGUAAGCGUCAAAAGAAGAAGCAGAAGAAAGAAAAGGAACGCCUUCCUACCUUUGCUUCUUACGAAGAUUAUGCCAAGCUUAUUGAACAGGAUCUGGAAAACGACAAUGAAUAA